AUGGAGAUUCCAACACAGCUCGCCUUUAUGGCAGGCCAGACCAUCGCCUUUGCAUUCGUGUGGCGGGCCCUCCAUAACUAUGUCGACAAAAACGGCCCAAUCCGUGGCGCUUCGACAGUCACUAAAAUAAACAGCAUCUUCUACGCCUUUGUUUCCCUAGCCUUGAUGAUAUUCCUCAUCUAUCGCCCAGAAGGUGACGCGACCAGCCGUUACGCGUACCAUUACUCCAAGUUCUACGAAUACGUCGACAUUCUCAACGUCCGGGCUAGUGGAGGAGCCAUUGACUUGCACUUCGGCUUCCACCACCUGACUACCUGCUACCUUACCUGGGCCCGCACCGCCCAUAACUAUAAUGGCUGGAAGCCCUUUGCCAUUUCCAACACGUUCCAUCAUGCUAUCAUGUACGCAUACUUUGGUGGCUGGGAGUUGCCUCGUCCGAUAUUACCCUGGACAGGUGCCCUCCAGCUCAUUAUUGGGAUGAUUGCCGACGCUUUGGUUAUACAGGAGAAGUGGACGGAUGGCUCAGCCGGAGCUGAGGAUGAGAGCACGUCAGAGUGA